UCCUGUUGCUCCGCCCUUUCUGUCUGUCAGUCGCGGGGGGCGGGCAAGGGAAUGUGUUUGGGUCAAGUCGGACUCCGCCCACUCCGCCGUGUGUCUACCAAUGAGAGGGCGGGGAACCGUGUACUGAGGUUAGGUAGUACUGACUGGCAAGGGGUGGGUUGCACCGUGCGGUACUAGUGCGCUCCGGGAGGGGGCAGCGCGUUGUCCCGGUUACCCGUCUCUGUGUGAACGCGGGGCUCCUGUCUGACGGGACAUGGAGGGGCCCUCCCGGGAAGGUGACCUGCUUACUGUGACACACGAGCUCCGGAGCGCCAAUUUGACUGGACAUGCAGAGAAGGUUGGGAUUGAGAAUUUCGAGCUGCUGAAGGUGCUGGGCACAGGCGCAUACGGCAAAGUGUUCCUGGUGCGGAAAAUCAGCGGCCAUGACGCCGGGAAGCUUUAUGCAAUGAAAGUCCUGAAGAAGGCCACUAUAGUGCAGAAGGCCAAGACGGCGGAGCACACGCGGACGGAGCGCCAGGUGUUGGAACAUAUAAGACAAUCGCCGUUCCUUGUGACGCUCCAUUAUGCUUUCCAGACAGACACAAAGCUUCAUCUCAUACUGGAUUACAUUAAUGGCGGUGAGCUCUUUACCCAUUUAUCCCAGAGAGAGAACUUCACCGAGAACGAAGUGAAGAUAUACAUUGGAGAGAUUGUACUUGCCCUGGACCACCUGCACAAGCUGGGGAUCAUCUAUCGGGACAUAAAGCUGGAGAACAUCCUCCUGGAUUCCAGCGGCCACGUGGUACUAACAGAUUUUGGGCUCAGCAAGGAGUUUCUGUCUGAUGAGAAUGAGAGAGCGUAUUCCUUCUGCGGGACCAUAGAAUACAUGGCGCCAGAGAUUGUGAAAGGAGGGGAUUCUGGCCACGAUAAGGCCGUAGAUUGGUGGAGUCUGGGGGUCUUGAUGUACGAGCUGCUGACAGGAGGAUCUCCCUUCACUGUGGACGGAGAAAAGAACUCUCAAGCGGAAAUCUCUAAGAGAAUAUUAAGAAGUGACCCCCCGUAUCCCGCAGAGAUGAGCGAGCUGGUAAAAGAUCUUAUUCGAGGUUUAUUGAAGAAGAAUCCUAAUAAGCGGUUAGGUUGCGGCUCUGAUGGCUCCGAUGAAAUAAAGAAACACCCGUUUUUCCAGAACAUCAAUUGGGAUGAUUUGGCAGCAAAGAAAGUACCCGCCCCAUUUCAGCCAAUCAUUAAGGACGAGCUAGACGUGGGGAAUUUUGCAGAGGAGUUUACAGAGAUGGAUCCGACCUACUCCCCCGCAGCUCUUCCCAUGAACGCUGACCGCAUAUUUCAGGGCUAUUCCUUUGUUGCUCCGUCUAUCUUGUUCAAGCGUAACGCUGCAAUCUCAGAUCCCAUCCAGUACCACCUGGGAACAGAGCGGCCGGGAGUCACCAACAUAGCGAGGAGCGCCAUGAUGAAGGACUCCUCCUUUUACCAGCACUACGAGCUCGAUCUGAAAGACAAGCCCCUGGGCGAGGGCAGCUUCUCCAUCUGCCGGAAAUGCCUGCACAAGAAAACCCAGCAGGAGUAUGCUGUGAAAAUAAUCAGCAAACGAAUGGAAAGCAAUACACAGAGAGAGAUGGCAGCGAUGAGGCUGUGCGAGAGCCACCCCAACAUUGUGAAGCUGCUGGAUGUCCACCAUGACCAGCUUCACACCUUCCUGGUGAUGGAAUUACUGAGAGGAGGAGAACUGUUUGAGCGCAUCAAGAAGAAGAAGUCGUUCAGCGAGGCGGAAGCCAGCCGCAUCAUGCGCAAACUGGUCUCCGCAGUCAGCCACAUGCACGACGUCGGGGUUGUGCACCGGGACCUGAAGCCAGAGAAUUUUCUCUUCACAGAUGAAAGUGACAAUUCUGAAAUAAAAAUUAUAGAUUUUGGAUUUGCGCGGUUAAAACCACCGGAUAACCAACCCCUGAAAACGCCCUGCUUCACCCUGCAUUACGCUGCGCCGGAACUCCUGAAUGACAGUGGCUACGAUGAGUCAUGUGACCUUUGGAGUCUGGGGGUCAUUUUAUAUACAAUGCUCUCGGGGCAGGUGCCUUUCCAGUGUCAGGAGAAAGCGCUGAUGUACGCCAGUGCCGAGGAAAUCAUGAAGAAAAUAAAGCAAGGCGACUUCUCUUUCGAUGGAGAAAGUUGGAGAAAUGUGUCUCAAGAGGCAAAAGAUUUGAUACAAGGGCUUCUUACUGUGGAUCCAAAUAAAAGAAUUAAGAUGUCUACAUUGAGGUAUAAUGAAUGGCUUCAGGAUGGCAGCCAGCUGUCUUCCAACCCCCUCAUGACCCCGGAUGUCUUGGGUUCAGCCGGAGCGUCAGUACACACACACGUGAAAGCCACAUUUCAUGCCUUCAACAAGUUCAAGCGGGAAGGGUUCCUCCUCCAGAACGUGGACAAAGCCCCAUUAGCGAAGCGCAGGAAGAUGAAGAAGACCAGCACGAGUACGGAGACGCGGAGCAGUUCCAGCGAGAGCUCCCAGUCCUCCCACUCGCACGGGAAAGCCUCGCCCUCGAAGACUCUGCAGCCGGCCAGCCACGGUGACAGCAAUAACCCCAGCACCGUCUUCCAGUUCACGGACUAAAGCCACCCAGAGACCAGCGUUCUACAGAAGGUAGCGAGGCGGCUUCCGGAGCUCGGCGGAACACAGCGCUCGUAGGCUGAAAGCAAUUAGCCAUCCUUUUAUUCAGUCCUGUAAUAUGAACCCUUUGGUGCUGCAGGGUGUUGGGGUGUUAUUUGGCAUAGAGGUGCUGUCAUUUGCCCCCUUU